UUAACGGUCCUUAUCUAUCUGAGAUUGCAACAAACUUUGCAAAAAAUGAAUAUAUUUCCAGAAAUAACAGUUGAAUUAAAUUGUGUGUGGUCGUUAGAAGAGGAUGAAGGGAAGAGGCCUGGAUACUUCAGGGCACAACUGAGUGCUGCACAAUGAGUCCUCAGCACAACUCCCUUCCUGAACUUUGGACUGCACGCUGGGUCCGGCCUUCAUAUUCCCCUCGUCAGUACAUCACUCUUGGCGUGGCUGGGAUCUUCCUCUCAUGGGCGGGGACAGGCAGGAAGUAUCCAAGCUGGACUCUUUCGGCCAUGAGCUUUUGAAGGUGUCAUCAUGCCUGCAUCACCAAUGACGGAUGUAGGGCGGAUGAAUGAGGUGUGGGGAUGCAGGGGCGGGGCUUAAUGACGUCGCUGUGGUUGCACUGUAGCUAAUGUGAAUGCAGACGGAGCAGCUGAGGAUGGAGCAGAGACGGAGAAACGCCGCCGCCGUCUCACACCGCGGUCACACACCUCUGAAAUAUCCCCUCUUCACAUAACAACCCCGCUCUCAUUUACACGCAGACUGCGACUUCUGCUUUUUUUUUUUUUAUUUUGAAAUGUUUUCCUUUUUUUUCUUCUGUUCAUUUCGCCGCUGACAUCUGCGCACCAGUCCACUUCACCCAUCCGUCUGUCAACACAGCACCGGCUUCGACUGUCUUGUCAGUGAAAGGAGAGAAACCCCGUAAAAAACCACUCGGCUAAAUCCAUCUUCCGCGAGGUUCCCGCCGGACACACCUUCUCCUGGUCGGCCCUGUCACUGCUGCGAUAAAUAUGGAUGAAGACAAUCACGUUCCUGAGGAUCUGUCCCUGGAGGAGCGGGAUGAGCUGUCAAACAUCCGACGCAGGAAGAGAGAGCUGCUCGAUGAUAUUGAGAGGUUGAAGUUUGAGAUAGCAGAGGUCAUGACGGAGAUCGAGCAGCUGACGUGCGUCGGAGAAAGUAAAACAUCCCAGAGAAACAAACAGAUCGCCAUGGGCAGGAAGAAAUUCAACAUGGAUCCAAAGAAGGGAAUCCAGUUCCUGCUGGAGAACGACCUCCUUCAGCACACUCCCGAAGACAUCGCCCAGUUCCUCUACAAAGGCGAGGGUCUCAACAAGACCGUCAUCGGAGACUACUUAGGCGAGCGGGAUGAUUUCAACAUCAAGGUGCUGCAGGCUUUUGUGGAGCUGCACGAGUUUGCAGAUCUCAACCUCGUCCAAGCACUACGGCAGUUCUUGUGGAGUUUCCGUUUGCCAGGUGAAGCCCAGAAGAUCGACCGAAUGAUGGAAGCGUUUGCCUCACGGUACUGCCAGUGCAACCCCGGAGUCUUCCAGUCAACAGACACCUGCUACGUGCUGUCGUUUGCUAUCAUCAUGCUGAACACCAGCCUACACAACCCAAACGUCAGAGACAAACCCCCCGUGGAGCGCUUUAUCUCCAUGAACAGAGGCAUUAAUGAAGGAGGAGAUCUGCCAGAGGAGCUGCUCAGGAACCUUUACGACAGCAUCAAAAACGAGCCCUUCAAAAUCCCAGAGGAUGAUGGGAACGAUCUGACGCACACAUUCUUCAACCCCGACAGAGAAGGCUGGCUCUUGAAGCUUGGCGGCCGGGUGAAGACGUGGAAGAGAAGGUGGUUCAUUCUGACCGACAACUGCCUCUACUACUUUGAAUACACAACAGAUAAAGAGCCUCGUGGGAUCAUUCCUCUGGAGAACCUGAGUAUCAGAGAGGUGGACGAGCCCAGAAAACCUAACUGCUUUGAGCUCUACAACCCCAACCACAAAGGUCAGGUGAUCAAAGCCUGCAAGACGGAGGCGGACGGGCGGGUCGUUGAGGGCAACCACGUAGUGUACAGGAUAUCGGCCCCCACGCCAGAGGAAAAGGAGGAGUGGAUCAAAUCCAUCAAAGCGAGCAUCAGCAGGGAUCCUUUCUACGACAUGCUGGCCACCAGGAAGCGGAGGAUAGCAAAUAAGAAAUGAUGAUCGCCCCAUCUUCAUCACCACUGUUUCUGUGACCAGCAGAGUCCUUGUGUGUGUGUGUGUGUUUUUGUGUGUAUGUAUGCGUAUGACGUGUGUUACAGGGGUUAUGAAGGACUCCUGAUUGCUAUUUCAGGGCUGGAGGACAAGGAGCAGACACAGUUUUUCAGACUGAAUGGUUUAUUUCCACCUGAAGACGGUCUGCACCUCAAUCGAAGACUGAUGUGAAUGAAAGGUUUCUAUUUCUUCUGGUGCGGACUUGAACACUGAGGUGACACGGUGUCGAAGGAACUGCAAAAUCUUUACCUAACUGGAUGUUAUUGGACAACAGGAUGAGGACUGGCAGAACAGCCAUGACUGGAAUCAUAGGACAUUUCUACAUAAUGUGGCUGUGGCGAUAUUGCCCUCUGCUGGACCUGUAAGGAAAUACAUCUACUGCACUACAAAGAGAUAGUGAGGAUUUGAAACCUGAACCUCCCUGGUCAUAUGUCAUUCCUUUCAUCCAGAGCGGCUCAUCUGGUUGGUUAUCUGCUCUCUGCCAGCGAGACUCCCAGAUGCCAGUCAACAUUUUAUCUUCACCUCACAUGUCCUUGCCAACACCAACCAUGUUUUAUAAUAUCCUCUAACUACAGAAAGCCUCAAGCUUUUAAAUCAGCUGGUCUGAUUGUUAGCCCUCAAGUGACUGUAUCUGUAUAUGCAAACACUGAUUUAUUCAAGAAAAUCAAACUUAGGCUCAUAUUCUUUUUACAUUUACAGUGCACCCCCGUAUUUCCUCUUUGAAAACACAGAAGUAAACAGUUUGGGGAAUAACACUGAACAUAUAUUCAGUGGAUUGACCCUUGUAAGUGGCCACAGUUUGAAGAAGCUAAAAUGCAUCAUAUAUUAAUUCUGUACGGUUAUGUAUUGAAGAUCCACCUCUGUGAUCAAGUUCAUUUCUUUUGUAUUUAUUUUCUUAUUGUUUAACAAAAGAGGCAGCCCCCGACUUACAUUAUGCAUGUAAAGUAUAUAAUGUACAUACUGUUUUCUUUUUCUUCUUUGUUGUGUUUAUGUAGCAUGUAAAUCAUAAUGGCCAUAGCCUAUACCCGUUCACAUUUUUAGUUCAACAGCUAACAGUUUACAAUAGUGGAAGAGGGACCUUGUGCAGAGCAGUGAAACCUCCUCACACUGUGUUAUUACUAAGGAUCAGAUGAUACAUGAUGUUAUAUGAAAGAAGAACUCAGUAUGCUGGGAGAGCAUAGGAUGUAAGUGGGUUUUAAAAUGCCCUUGAACAAGUGAACUUCAAUCAUGUGAACACUGACUGGAAUCUGAGGACUGUUUUUUUCCCCCCUAGACUUGAUCAAACCAACCCACAGGUGGUGCAGCUUUUAGGUUUAAACCUGGUUUGAUGUUGGUUUGGGAAAACUGCUCCUGAAUACUUUGAUGAAGACUUUGAAUAAAAAUACAUGCUGAUCAGAGAACAA